UUCGGCAAUUAGCAGCCAACCAAAAUGACUACUACUUCUGAAACCAAAUUGAGCUUGAAGCUUUUGAUUGACACCAAGGCCCGAAAAGUUGUAUUUGCCGAGGCUGAAAAGGAUUGCGUUGAUUUCCUCUUUCACAUCCUCUCAUUGCCUGUGGGCAGUGUUGUCAGGCUUCUUAAGGAAAAAGGGAUGAACGGAUGUUUGCCUAACCUCUACGGCAGCAUAGAAAAUCUGAAUGACACCUACAUUCAGUCUAAGGAAGGCAAGAACAUCCUUUUAAAACCCAACUCCCCUGUUGGGAUCUCUUCAAUUCCUCUUCUAUUGCUUAGUGACGACGUUCCGACACAAAAAACUUUAUAUAAACGUAGUUACAGUUGCAGCUCCUCCUACGCAACCGAUGACCCUAAUGCAAUCUGUCCAAAUUGUGGGACCCAUAUGUCAGCAUAUUUGAAGUAUGUUGCUCCACCCAUAGUGAAGGGAGCUGCGGCCGCCAAAGGGGGGCUUGUGAAGGAGGCGGUGACCUUCAUGGUGAUGGAUGACUUGGUGGUUAAGCCAACUUCCGCCAUAUCUAGUAUUACCAGUUUUGACAAGCUUAAUGUCAAGGACGCAGGUGUGCUGCAGGAAAAAGUAGUAAAUAUAGGAGUGGAAGAGGCGCUGAAGUUGCUGAAAGCAUCUUUCGAAUCUAAAACCGUUCUCACAAGUGUUUUCCUGAGCCAUGUAAAAGCGGAGAAAUAGUCAUUAGAUAUAAUGGGAUUCGGUGUUUCAGUUUACUAUUUAAUUUGCCCUUAAUUUUACUGGUUUUCCUUUGUUUCAUUUUCCGCUGGCGUUGAUUCUUAUUUGUAC